UGCUUAUUGAACCAUGUUGCAUAAUGAUAUAAUGUAAAAAAUAAGUCACACAUAAAGAAAAUUAUAAUAAUAACAAUAAAAAUAAGAGAAUUACAUAAAUAUUAAAUAUAUAAAAACAUCAAUGGACAAUAGAGAAAAAAAGGAACAAGAUAUAUGCUACUUGUUGUAAUGCAUUUCUUCUUAUCUUUUAUGGAUUCCAUUUUCAUUUUUUUUCCUUUUUUUUAAUUUAAAAUAGACGAUUACAAUUUUGAUUAAGCUCAAAUUAAUAUAAAUUCACUAAUAUCUUGUAUUAUUUUUUUAUAAUAAUAUAAGACAAAAUUUGUUGACACUUCGUCUUUGAUUUGGUUCUUUCAAUUUUUGUAAAUGGAUUUUGAAUAUUUGUAAGUCAUAAGUUUGGAUUAUUUAAUAGGAGCAAAUGUUUGGCCUAUCAAUGGCCUGAAAAUCUACGAUUCCUUCCUGUAAGUACUAAUAGGAUAUUGUAUAAGGUUUUCAAAGUUGAAGAGUAAUGCACAGAAAAGAAAACAUAAGACUAACAUUGAAACACAUGUGGUGCAGAAUGUAUAAUUUUUACACGAUUUUAUCAGCGCAAUUGUUUUCACGUCCGUGUUAUUUGUGCUUAUAAUAAAAUAUUUAACGCAAGAACGGUACUGCAAGUUCAAUUUUAAAUAACACUUAAUUCUUACUUCUGCUCCAUAUGUUGCACAACAACAACAAAAUUUGUCCAAAGUGUAACUAUAUAAAAGUGACAUAUGCGUGUGAAUUUAUUGACUAUACUAACGCGACGGUGAUAUAGUUUAUUUCUUAUAUGCAUUGAUCGUAUAAAAUUAUUAUUGUAGUAUUGAGUGUGAGAGUAUGUAUAAUAAAUACAUACAAAUACGGUACACAGAUACGUAUAUCAAUUCCACUAUUUUCAAUUUGAGUGUCAAACAAGAAUAUUUAAUUUUUAUAAAUAACUUAUUUACAAAUUUGGUAAUCACAUUCAAGACUAUAAUAUAAAUGCUUAAAAAAAUUUGUUGAAAAUAUUAAUACAAUAGUAUGAAUAAUAGUGCAAAUAAAAGGAGCACUUCUUUUCUGUCUAGAAAUUUUAGGAGCUCCAUGUAUACACACCAUUGUUCUGUCUGUUAAAUCACAGUGUUCAAAAAUGCUCUUUAUUUAUAUAAAGAAACAGACUUUCGUGUUUGCAUCAGCAAUAUGCAAUUAAAUCAUACUUUAAUUAAUGAAAUAUACGAUUUUUUUGGUAAAGCAAUGACACGUUUUAAAGUAUUACUUUACAUUUUUUUAAUUUCAUAAACACAAAGAUCGAAGUAGUAAUUUUGCAUUUAUCAUGAGACAUUUGUUACCAGAAUAUAAUUGAGGUGUAAAAUUCUCAAUGAAAAACAAAUUCUAUCAGACUGAUAUUAGUUUCAUUAUUUAGUAUUUGGGUUACUUGCAAUAUAUAAAAGAGACUGCAUUAAGUUCUUUUUUGAUUAAUGUUCAAACCAUAUGUAAACAUUUUGUGCAUAGUAUAAAUUACAGUAUGUGUUUUUUCACACGCGUUUUAUGUAAACGUUUUAUUAUAAAUGUUGUGUUUUUUUUUAAGGCAUGUAAUUCCUAUUUGUAUGAGUGGUAGAAGAACAUUUUCCUUUAAUACUCAUAUUCAUAUAAUAUUAAAUAAAAAAAAUAUGUGAUGUGGCACUAUUGUCAUGCAAGAAAAUAAGAAUGACUGUAAAUAAAAAGCAUUACAAUAAUGAAAGUGCAAUUCGAAACGCCUAAUAAAUAUUGCUGCUGCUUUGCAUUAAUGUUGCUAUAUUGGACCAAUGCAUAUAAGGCGUUUUAAACGAAAAUAAAAAUCAAAGAAUGACUGAUUGGAGAUUAGGUAGAACAACUGCCAAAAAAAAUACAAGCUGAAUUCACUGUGUUGCUGAUCAGAAAUAAUUAAAAGAUAUAUAACAAAAAAAAACUUUUUAAACGCUGAGACAAAAUAUUACUGUAAUUAGAUAGUAAUUAUCAAUUAAGCAGGGUUUACACAUUUUUUAAACUAACUAACAUAUUACUAUUGAACCGUGUAAUAUUACUUACCAAAGCUGGUUUUUGAAAUUAGGUAUCAGUACAAAUAUUACUUGAUGUUUGAUAUUUGUCCAAGCACAAGGAAAAAAGAAAAUGAUAUUAAUGGUCGGUUCAUUCUGAUUUACAGUCUAGAAUUAAAAUCCAGUCAAAUCUGUAAGAUGCAAUCUUGCAAUAGUAAAUUAUGAAGAAAAAGAGUGAAAAUGUUACAAAUAUAACGCAAUUUGUUUACUUCUAUUUUAGGAUAGGUAUUUAUUUGUUCUUUAUAAAAAUGAAAUUAAAUACACUUACAAAAUGAUAUAAAAAUUACUUAAACUUUGAUAUUUCGAUUGUAGGUAUAUUAUUACUUACAUAUGUGUAAAUUAAUUUCUAUGAAUAUUGAUUAUUAUAACUUAAUGCAUUGUCAAAUAAAGCAUAAUGUUGUGAAACUUUUAUAAAAUUAUCCUAUCACUUCCUAGUAAUGUAUUAAACUGAUUACACAUCACAGCGUUUUAUAACCAAAUGUUUCUUUGUAGUUUCAUUUAACAACAUAUUUUAAGUAUUUUAAUUCAUGACACAACCAAAUCAUUGUGCUUAGUACAAGAAGACUACCCGACUGAUGAAAUGCGGCUAAUGCUAAAGGCACGUGAGUUAAUAAUGUUGUUAUUCCCAGUAAAACUUGCAAAUAACCAGCGCAAAGAGCCAAAGCAACAGCUUUCUUUGCAUUGCCAGGAAGUUUAUAUCUGCGAGAUACAAUUCCUAUAUAAGUUAUUAAAGAUAACGUAGUAAUACCCUGUAAAAAGACAUAAAUUAUAACAUCAGAAUUAUCAUUUGAGUAAUAUACACACGUAUAUAUAUAUAUAAAAAAAAAUACCAAAAUUCUAUGAUCAAAUUGUAGAGUAGUUGGGUUUUCAGUAAAAUUUUUCCAUUUAGGUGAUAUUGCCAGUAUAUCAUCUGGUAUCCAUUUAUUUGCCAUUUUCGGAAAUGUGUUAUAGAUAAGACCUGCAUCCAUUCCUGCCACAAAAGCUCCAGACAAAGCAGUAAGGAACACUAAUCCUUUUGUUGAAUGAACUACCAUUCUAAAUCUUUUUAGUUUUUGUUUAAUAUCAGUUAUGUGAGUGUUCAAAGCAAUGAAAUCCAAGUUCUUAGCAGGAACUAAGUAGCUUAAGGCAUUAUAUAGAAAUCCUGUAUAUAUAAUAAAUGCCAUUCCCAAAUGUGCGGCCAAACGAUACUGCGAUACUCGAGGAACAUCUGAUGGCUCCACAAAACGAUCUUCCUCCAAACCAGAUUUAACCAUGUACCAACCCAUAAGUCCUUGUAAACCAAUUAAUGAUCCCAGGACAGUUACUCUGAUUUUCAUUCCUGGUGUCAGCAUUUUUUUUGCCCAAAAAUAAGUUGCUGGCACUAUAAAUACUGCACCUAUUAAACGUCCCCACAUUCUGUGCAAGUAUUCCAUCCACCAAAUACGUUUAAAUUCUCCCAAUGUCAUAUCAUGAUUAGUUCUAAAAUAGAAAUUUUCAUACAAAAUACAGUUUUAUGAAAUUCAUAUUGUUACAUAUUGAAGAAAAUGGUACAUCUUAUAUUCAGGAAACUGUUUGUAACGUUCGAAUUCAUCGUGCCAUUGAGUUUCAGUAGUAGGCAUUUUUUCACCUAGUAAUUUCCAAGUAACCAUUGAUAAGCCAGAUUCUGUAAGCCUUGUUACACCUCCUAAGAUUAUUGAAAGGAAAAAUAAACUAUUGAGAAAUUCUUAAUCAUAUUUUAUUUAUUUUCUGUAUUCUUUGUGAUAACUUAAAUAUAUGCUUAACAUGAAAGCUUAAAACAUAAAUUGUACAAGUCUUAAAAUUUACUUUCCAUAAGUUUUGUCCACAAUAAGUUUUACAACAUCGCGUAUUUGAUAAUAAAAGAAUAAGUAACCAAUUAUACCUAGAACAACAGCUACAAAAACCAUCCCACUGCAAGUCAACAUCCAUUUUCCUACAGUUUUGUCUGAGUUUUGGGUUGAUUUUGAAGCAAACCUGACAGCCAGAACAUUUCCUUGUUUAAGUAAAUUCUGUAAACAACAUAUACAAGUUAAUCUUAACUUAAAUUAUGAAUAUGUGAAUAGUAUGUUAUUUUAAACUUAAUAAAUAAUACCCUUUGAAUACAAACAUCGUUCCUUUUCAUUAGUAACAAUGCUUUAUCCCUAAUUGUUGGUUUAGAAGCAUAAGUGUAUAAACUAUGCCGAAAUGAUAGAGAUUUCAGUGCAUUAUUUUUCCCAAUUGCUAAAGUACAAAAUUUUGUUAUAUUGAACAUGCUAAAAAAUAAAAUAGAUAAGAAGUUAUAAUAAUUAUACGUUAAAUUAAAAACAUACAAUGCUACAAUGUAUGCACACUUACAUUAUGGCAAUAUAUUGAUAGUUACAAUGAUAAUAUUUUAUCUCUCUCCUCAAUAAUAAAACAUACACAAACGAUUGUAUUUACUUUACAUAUUUUCAGAAUAAAGAUAACUCUUACACACGAAGAGUAUCACAAAAUAAAUAGAAGAACUACAAGAAUUACAUAAGAAAUUUCAUUAUUCUUUUGUCGCCGAUUAUGAUUACAUACACAUUAUGAUUGAAUACAUAAUAAAAAUUAUAUAUUAAACCAUUGCCAUGAUAAAAUUUUUGAUUGCUUGAAAAAUAAAUAUCAUUGAAUUAUAAAUAUGAAUCAUUUGUUGAUAAAUAGAAUUUAUUGGAAAAUAUUCAUGAGCUCAGUUUACUGAAUAUUUACAAAGAGAGUUUUUUCUAACCUCGAGUAAAAUUAUAUUGAAACGUGUCGAAAAGAAAGUAGGAGUAUCAGUGUAUAGUGCUUGAUUUUUAUCUCUGAUAAAUAGAAUUUAAUUCUCCAAUGUUUCCGUAAAGUAAUUGAUAAGAUAUUUCAAUACCGACGAGGCAAAAAAUGGCACAAUUGUGAGUGCUUCGAGCAAGAGGUUGACAUUUUCCGCGCGCAAUUACAUUCGUUUAUAAGCGUGCAAUAAAUACCCAUUUUGUUUUGGAUUGCAAGGAAAUAACAAAUACGACUUAGGAAAAGUAUAAUUACAAGUUACUAAGGAACUUACUAUCACAAAGAUAUUAAAAUGGCACAAAAAAGUGGUUUAACGAAAUUAAUUAAACUUCGUGAAUUGAUGGAAGCUGUUCCAAUUGGUGGUAUUAAAGGGAGAGGAAUUCAGGCUCUGAUUAUAAAUUCAGAUGAUGCUCAUCAGUCUGAAUAUUUGAGAGAAAGAGAUAAGAGGGUACAGUUCAUCAGUGGCUUCACUGGGUCUUUCGGUGUUGCGAUUGUUACUCCAAACAAAGCUUUGUUGUGGACAGAUGGAAGGUAUUAUAUGCAAGCUUUGGCAGAGUUCGAUCCACCAGAAAUGUGGACGCUUAUGAAGGAAGGUUUAUUAGAUACUCCAACAAGAGCUGCAUGGUUGGUUUCCAACUUACCACCUAAAUCUACUGUUGGGGCAGAUGCGAAUUUAAUGAGUUACACAGAAUGGGCUGUCUUACAUACUAGUUUAACUGCUGCUGGUCAUUGUCUGUUGCCACUCGAGGAAAAUUUAAUUGACAAAGUUUGGGGUAUUGAACAGCCUGAUGCCAGAGGUAAUACUGUUCUACCACAACCUUUACAAUUUUCAGGGCGCACUGUAGGAGAAAAAGUCAGAUUAUGCAGAGAAGAAAUGAAUAAGAAUAAAGCAAAAGUGCUUGUGAUCACAGCUUUGGAUGAGGUAGCAUAUAUUUUGAAUCUAAGAGGAUCUGAUAUACCUUACAACCCUGUUUUUUUUGCUUAUGUGAUUCUUACAUCAAGUGAUUUGCAUCUUUUCAUUGAUAAAAGCAACCUCAGCGAAGAAGCUAAGCACCAGUUGAUAGACGAAGGGUUGAAUGUAAUUUAUCAUGCAUAUAAUGAGAUUCAUGCAUUUUUAAAGCAAAUUGCAAAUUCAUGUACAACUAAUGAAAAAAUAUGGAUAAGCAAUGGUUCAAGCUAUGCAUUACAUGCUGAUUGUGGGGAAAUAAAGAAACAUACUGCUAUUACACCAAUAAAUAUUAUGAAGGCUAUAAAAAAUGACGUUGAGGUACAAGGAAUGAAAAACGCACAUAUUCGCGAUGCUGUUGCACUCGUAAAAUACUUUGCUUGGUUGGAAGAUCAAAUUAAAAACAAGAAAGAAACCGUUACAGAAGUAUCUGGAGCAACACAGCUUGAGAAAUUUAGACAGGAGCAGGAACAUUUCGUUGGGCUCAGUUUUCCAACAAUAUCUUCGGUUGGACCUCAUGGAGCAAUAAUCCAUUAUCUACCAACUGCAAAAACAGAUGUGCCGAUUACAGACAAGGAAUUAUAUCUUUGCGAUUCUGGUGCACAAUUCCAGGAUGGUACUACAGAUGUCACGAGAACGUUACACUUUGGUAAUCCCGAAAAAUUUGAACGUGAAUGCUUUACGAGGGUGUUUAAAGGACAAUGCCGCCUUUCAACAACUGUCUUCCCUCUAAUGAUACAAGGGAAUUAUCUUGACACGCUUGCCCGCGAGAAUUUAUGGAGUGUUGGUCUUAAUUAUCUUCAUGGUACUGGACAUGGAGUGGGGUCAUAUUUAAAUGUUCAUGAAGGACCUGUUGCAAUUUCUUGGAGGCCAUAUCCUGAUGACCCAGGCUUACAACCUGGCAUGUUUCUCUCAAAUGAACCAGGAUAUUAUGAGGACAACAAAUUUGGCAUUAGACUUGAAAAUAUAGAAUUGGUGGUAAAGGCAAAUACCCCAUACAAUCACAAAAAUCGUGGUUUCCUUACUUUUGAGACUGUUACAUUGGUGCCUAUACAGACAAAGUUACUUGAUGUUUCCUUAUUAACGGAUGACGAGAUCAAAUACUUGAAUGAUUACCAUACAAAAUGCCGGGAUACCCUGGCACCUUUGCUGCAAGGACCAGAAAAUGCGCAAGCACUUGAAUGGCUCCAAAGAGAAACUCAACCGAUUUCAAAAUAAUAAUUGCUUAUUUGUUGAAAAACAAGUUUCAUA